AGUCAAUGUCAAUGUCAUUUUUGUAGUGUCUGUUUUCUAUUCAUUUUUUAUUCAUUUUAAAAUUUAUUUUAGUUCAUUCGCAGCGUUGGUAGAGUACGUUGGAAAUUCGGUCUCGUGACUCAUAGGUUAAAUAUGUGAGCGGUGUUUUUCAAAAUUUAAUCAACCAUUUAAUUGGAUCUAUAACAACCGAAAUUCACGAUAAAUCCUCAAAUAAUGGGCCAGCACGUGUCUAGAACCGAUUUCGAAUGGGUCUACACCGAAGAGCCGCACGCCAGUCGAAGAAAAGUAAUUUUAGAGAAAUAUCCACAGAUAAAGAAGCUCUUUGGAUACGAUCCGAAUUUCAAAUGGGUCGUCACCGGAAUGGUAUUAAUUCAAUUCUUGUUGAUAUGGGUGUUGAAAGACAAACCGUGGUCGAUUUUAAUUCUAGCCGCCUAUUGUCUAGGAGGAGUGAUAAACCAUUCUCUAAUGUUAGCAAUCCACGAAAUAUCUCACAAUUUGGCCUUCGGUCACGCCCGGCCCAUGGCCAACAAAAUGUUUGGCUUCUUCGCCAAUCUUCCAAUAGGAUUACCAGUCUCGAUAAGCUUCAAAAAAUACCAUCUAGAACAUCAUAGGUACCAAGGCGAUGAACUGAAAGAUACCGAUAUACCCACUUAUUUGGAAGCGAAAUUGUUCUGCACGACGUUCGGUAAAUUCAUCUGGGUGAUAUUACAGCCGUUUUUCUACUCCUUCCGUCCGUUAAUUACCUACCCUAAGCCUCCCACAUAUUUGGAAUUCGUCAAUCUAGUCAUUCAAUUGAUUUUCGAUGCGAUUGUCGUCUACUUUUGCGGUGGUAGAAUGCUCGGGUACCUUCUGCUGGGUUCGUUUUUGGCGAUGGGGCUGCAUCCUGUGGCAGGACACUUCAUCAGCGAGCAUUACAUGUUCAAAAAGGGCUACGAGACGUACAGUUAUUACGGCCCUUUGAAUUGGAUAACGUUUAACGUGGGAUAUCACAACGAACACCACGAUUUUCCCGCUGUUCCGGGAUCCAGAUUGCCCGAGGUUAAAAAGAUUGCUCCUGAAUUCUACGAUAACUUACCGCAACACCAUAGCUGGACGGCUGUUUUGUACGAUUUUAUAAUGGACCCGGACGUGGGCCCAUACGCAAGGAUAAAAAGAAAAGCGAGAGGCUUUUCUUCAUAGGUAACUUAUUAUUUAUUGGUUGUAUAUUGUUUAUUAAAUAUAUACUAAGUGUCCACGUUGUUAAUAUAUCGUACAAAAUCAUUUUUACAACUUAUUUAUUUUGUAGUUUGUGGCACUUUUCAGAAUUUAUGUGAUUUUUUUUUCUUGUAAAUCUCAAGUUGAAUUUGUUUAUUUAAAAGGUAAAUAUGAAAUUGUAACAAUACCCGAAUAUUUCGAAAAAUAUUCGGAAUGAAGCGCAAUAAUUUUGAUGAUGAAUAUUUAUUUUAAAUCAAUUAAAUGGAUUUUUCUAAUUCCAAAAGUUUUUCUCUAAACACAGUAAAAGGUGGCUUAACGGAAAUGUUAUAUCACAAAAUCGAAAAAAAAAAUGAUUUAAUUUUU